GAGGGGUUUCCACUUUGGCCCCUGCAGACCAUGUGUACCAUAACGUUCAACCAAAAGCAUCCUUUGUGUGACCAACAGUGUCACCACAGCUGGAAACACAAAACCCAGCAAGCUAGCAGACUCCACCAUUCCAUGGGCAGGGCACAGCCCUAGGAGGGCGUCAAGGCCUGCUUAUGCCAGUCGACCACAGAUCUAGCCAUCCUCCAAUACACUUAGUUAAGUGGUGCUGCCUGCCCAUUUCUGUUUCCUCAACCAAUCUCUCUUGUGUCACUUCAGCCUCAGCACCUCUUAUUCGCACCCCCCAAAAUAAUCCUCUUUGUUUGAGAUUUCAAGUCUCCUUUCUAAGCCAGAUGCCGUCCUGGAGGCUGGGAUCACAAUGAUAGCCUGGAGCUAUGAGGAGCCACCCCUCGGGCUGAGCUGGUGUGGCACCCUCGGAGUCCUGGUGGGCAAGGUCGAGCCAGCAGCAGUCUCUGGCACGCAUACCUUUACCUAGUGAGGGAGCAUGUCUGAGUUUGUUGAAAGUUCCUAUCUUUUGUCUUGGGUGAUUGUACCUGUUCCUGUCUUCCGCUCAUUUGGUCAUAUAUCUCCUUUCACUUCCUUCCUGCUCCCUUCCGACCCUUUCCUCCUUACGUCCCCUUCCUGCUCCCUCCCUCCUGGGGACUUCCUUUCUCAGUCCACACACACCCCACUUCUCAGCGGAUCCUGCAGAGAGACCCGCUUCUUGCUCCCCUGCCUUCUCACUGCCCCGGCAGCCCGUCCUGACAGAACCAAGGAAAGGUAUGAUUUAAGUCUGGAUGAAAUGGGAGCUUUGACAUUUCAGAGAGUGCAGUUUGUCAUGGGUCUACCUCUGUUAAAACGUGCAGUUCAGGAACAGGCAGAGAACACAAAGAAUUUUGUCAGUCGGAGCCUGGCCAUAGGAGAAGUCCUCUCCAUGGCGGACAUGGCCACAGGAGUAAAGCGUGGAAUAAUUUACUGGCUAUUUGGUGGUGCAGUCAGGAAUCUUGGAAGCCCGGGACAUGUGACUAAGUGGCUUCAGCCACUCCAGGGGCAGAAAUACACUGGGAUGUUCGCAGUGACCGAGAGGGGCCACGGGAGCGACGUGAGAGGGAUCCAGACCCAAGCCACCUUUGGCCUCUCUGCGCAGGAGUUCGUAAUUGACACGCCGUGUGAAAAUGCUGAGAAGAUGUUCGUCGGAAACGCGAUGUGUGGGAAUUACGCGGCCGUGUUUGCUCCGCUCAUCAUAAAUGGAAGGUCUCAAGGGCCCCACUGUUGCAUUGUUCCUGUCCGCGAUGAAAACGGAAGCUUGUACCCAGGAGUGACGGCCGUUGAUACGAUGUACAAAGACGGCCUGCGUGGUGUGGAUAAUGGGAUUUUAAUAUUUCGCGAGGUUCGGAUUCCAAGGGAGAACCUUCUGGAUAAGUUUGGCUCUGUGGCUCCAGAUGGGCGGUCCCCUUCCCCUAUUAAGAACAAGAGUGCAAGAUUCAACGGGAUGCUGGCAGCGCCGACCCCUUCAAGGUUAGCUGUGACUUUCCAAGCUAUGGGUGCCACGAAGCUUGGGCUGACGAUAGCCAUCCGCUACAGUCACAGCCGGAGGCAGUUUGGGUCUAAAGCCAAGAAAGAAGUCAAGAUCAUUGAGCACCAAACACAGACCCUUCGGCUGAUGCCUCACCUGGCCACAGCCUUGGCCUUGACCUUCGCCAGCAGGUAUGCCGGGGGCCUCCUGGACAAGGACGUCUUCCGUGGGAAGGAGCUCGUGGACAGUCGCCCCUUGCAGGCUCUGGUGGCGGGGCUGAAGGCCUACAGUACGUGGGAGAACGUCAGCUGCCUGCAGGACUGCCCCGAGUGCACAGGAGGCAUGGGUUACAUGAUGGAAAACCAAAUCUCAGGCCUAAAAUGUGACACGGAUGUGUUUGUAACUUUUGAAGGCGACAAUGUUGUUAUGCUGCAGGUUGUGGUGCGGGAACUGCUGGCUCCAUAUACCAAACAGCAUCAAGAGAAACCACUCUCCCCCGUGUUCCGAGACUGGGCUGAGUCUGGGAGUGACAAGCUGAGAACCAGUUUCUUGGCAUUUGAUGUGGACACAGUCGGUAAUCUCGCCUUUCUGUCGAAAGCAGUGAAUUUUCGCGAAAGGGCUCUUCGCCGGAGUUUGGUGGCCAGAAUUCAUUACAAGGUGACGAGCAAGAAAGAGGACUUGUUCAGUGCCUGGAACUCGUGUCUUCGUCAUGUUGCCUCCCUGUCUCUGGCGCGCAUUCACAGAGUUACUCUAGAGCAGUUCUGGCUGGCAGUGAGGAGCUGUCCUGAGCAAGAGGACCAGGCUUUGUUAAUGAAGUUUUGUCUGUUAUAUGGAACCAAGCUGGUGUUCCAGAAGCGAGCCUCGUAUCUAGAACAUAAAUAUUUGACUCCCACGGCCAGCACGAGGAUUAGGAGUCAGUUACUGGAUUUGUGCGAUUCGGUGAAGGAUGAUGCCCUAAGGGUGAUCUCCGCCUUUAACAUUCCACACACCUCCCUCCAUGCACCAAUCGCCGGAAUCACCAAUGCGCAGGCGGCCUGGGCAUUCUACCCUGCACCGCCACAACCCCAGGCCGGAGAAGGGGCGCGCUCUCAGCGGCCCAAGCUGGGAGCCAAGUUAUAGCGGGCGUGGCGGGAAGGGUGGUGGCUCGCUCGCAGUUGCCACGACACUAGCUUCUCUGACGCCUGGAGCUGGGGCCGAGGCCGGCCUGGCACGCGCUGGGCCCUCGGGGAUUUUCGGUCGCAGAGCGAGGUUCCCACCGAGGCUGGCGCGGUUCGCGAUGGGCUGUUGGGAAAGGAAGCCAGGCGGCAGCCCCGGAACACGGAUCCUUAUCACGUAACCCGGCCGCGCCCAGCCGCAACCUCUCCCAGCUUAGGCGCCUGAUCCCCCUAGACAGUGGGUUCCCCUGCGAACACGCCCCACACCCAGGUGUCGCCAAAGGUCUCCUGCUGUCAGCGGUGAUUCAGAUUUACAGUGAUUUUUGGAAAACGCAUUGGUGCUGCGUGGGGGGAGGGGGGGGAAAUCAAAGCAUAAAAAUCAAACACUCGUGGGCAAAGUUCAGCUCAGCAAAUGAUGCUUUUCCAGUGAAUCAGACCCCCCCUUGGAGUCUUCGAGGAAACGCACGGAUGUGGAAAGGGGAGCGUGUGCCUGGAGUUUUGCUCUCCGCAGAGCGCGAACUCCGGCUCGUCCUCUCUGGCAGGCGGCUUCCGGACCGUAAGACAACGAGCGGAAAAAUAUUUUUACCAUAUGAAAUUGUAAUCUGUUCUUUAGAGGAGCAUAGAUACAAAGUUUAAUAAAGACAUUAAGCGAUGGGAA